AUGAUGGUCAGUGUGGAUGAAUCUAGACCUAUGAAUCUAUCUAAUUGUGCUGGCUCGAGGUUCAAGACGGCGAGGCUCAAGGACGGUAAUCGUUACUCCGUCGCCGCCGCAGAUUCCGCCGUCUAUAUGCGACCGUGCUUCGGUCCGCAUGAAAUUGAGGAACCUAAGCUUGAAGUUGUUCUUCGUGAGCUGCAACAAGAGAUGGUACAGUAA